UCAGUUCCCCUUCCGCUUUUCCCCAGUGCUUUCCAACGACCUGCCAAUCUACCAGCCUGUUAAUUAUUAUUUUUGCUCCUUCCCUCUGUCUCUCUCCUUGGGAGGCCGGCUUCUCUCCUUCCUUGGGUGCCUGGGAAGAGGCAGCCUUCGCUUUCCCCACCUCUGCGCCUCCAGGAGUCCAGAGAACAUGCAGGCCAUCAAAUGUGUGGUGGUGGGAGAUGGAGCUGUGGGUAAAACCUGUCUUCUCAUCAGCUACACCACCAAUGCCUUUCCUGGAGAAUACAUACCCACGGUGUUUGAUAACUAUUCAGCCAAUGUGAUGGUUGACAGCAAACCAGUGAACCUGGGACUGUGGGAUACAGCUGGGCAGGAGGACUAUGACCGUCUUCGACCUCUUUCUUAUCCCCAAACAGAUGUCUUCUUGAUCUGUUUCUCCCUUGUGAGCCCAGCCUCCUAUGAGAAUGUCCGUGCAAAGUGGUAUCCUGAGGUUCGGCAUCAUUGCCCCAGCACCCCCAUUAUCCUGGUGGGUACCAAACUGGAUCUUCGUGAUGACAAGGACACCAUUGAGAAAUUGAAGGAAAAGAAACUAACACCUAUCACAUAUCCACAGGGCCUCGCCCUCGCCAAGGAAAUUGACUCUGUGAAGUAUCUGGAGUGUUCUGCCCUUACUCAGCGUGGACUGAAAACUGUCUUUGAUGAGGCCAUCCGGGCUGUUCUUUGCCCCCAGCCCACCCGACAGCAGAAACGCCCCUGCACUCUACUCUAGGGAAUUAUUUCUGCUUAUGGCUUCAGAAAAAGUGUGCUCUUGGUGCCUGUUUGUUCCCCAGCGCUGUGUUGCUCUCCUCCCCAAUUCUUUAAUUUCAAGGCUCUGGGGCUUUUCAGUCAACCAGGGAGCCUUCCCCCCUUGGCAUUCCUUAGCAGAUGGAUGAAGCUCUUGGUCAUUAAUCUCUUGCCUGCCAAAGACAUUUCUGGGACAAGAUUGUGUGAAUGCAUGCAAAGCUGUUUCCUACUCUUUGCUUGGGCCCUUUGCCAUAGCCAGGGGCUUCUGGGAGAGUCUGAGAGAGGACCAAUAAAACAGACCUCUUUUAUUGCA